AUGUCUGCUUCGGCCGGCGCUGUCUCUCCUGCUGCCCAGGGAACGGCUCUCGUCAGCUCUGGCGCUGGGAUGUCGAUGUUUAGAUGGUUGGAGGUUCUGGAGAAGGAGUUUGACAAGGCGUUCGUGGACGUGGAUUUAUUACUUGGUGAGAUCGACCCAGAUCAAGCAGACAUCACAUAUGAGGGCCGACAAAAGAUGACAAGUCUCAGCUCCUGUUUUGCCCAGCUUUGCCACAAAGCGCAAACCAUCUUCCAACUUAACCACAAAUUAGAGGCCCAGGUGGUGGACCUGAAAUCGGAGCUGACGGAUGUGCAGGCGGAGAAUGUGGUGGUGGAGAGGGAGGUCCAUGAUCAGCUGCUGCAGCUGCACGCCAUCCAGCUGCAGCUCCACGCCAAGACUGGCCAGGACACGGACUCCGGGUCCAUCAAGGCCAAGCUGUCUGUCCCGUCCGUGGAGGAGAUGGAGAGGGAGCUGGAGGCUAACAAGAAGGAGAAAAUGAAGGAGGUGAAGCUGGAGGCGGAGGUGAAACUGUACAAGAAGGAGAACGACGCACUCCGCAGGCACAUCGCCGUGCUGCAGGCCGAGGUGUACGGGGCGCGGCUGGCCGCCAAGUACCUGGACAAGGAGCUGGCUGGGAGAGUCCAGCAGAUCCAGCUGCUGGGGCGGGACAUGAAGGGGCCGGCCCACGACAAACUGUGGAACCAGCUGGAGGCCGAGAUCCACCUCCACCGCCACAAGACAGUCAUCCGAGCCUGCAGGGGGCGCAAUGACCCCAAGAAGCCCUUGCCGUCACCAGUGGGACAUGAAACAGACACUUUGAAGAAGACCCAGGGAGUCGGGCCCAUCCGAAAAGUAGUGCUGGCCAAAGAAGAUCACGAAGGACUGGGCAUUUCCAUCACGGGAGGGAAGGAGCACGGGGUGCCCAUCCUGAUCUCGGAGAUCCACCCCGCCCAGCCGGCCGAACGCUGCGGCGGGCUGCACGUGGGCGACGCCAUCUUGGCCGUCAACAGCAUCAACCUGCGAGACGCCAAGCACAAGGAGGCGGUGACCAUCUUGUCGCAGCAGCGGGGAGAGAUCGAGUUCGAGGUGGUCUACGUGGCCCCGGAGGUGGACUCGGACGACGAGAACGUGGAGUACGAGGACGACGGCGGCCAUCGCUACCGCCUCUACCUGGACGAGCUGGAGGAGGGGUCCGCGGCCGGCCGGAACAACGGCACGGGGGAGGUGCUACAAGCUCUGGAGAAAAACGCAGCCAGCGCACCGGUGGAGAACGGCGACAACGGGGCCUCCAGCGAAACGCUGUCGGAAGAAGGCGCCCAGAAGGCCUCCGAGUCGGCGGAGAGUUCCUCUUAAGACGGGCGGACGGAGGACAGCGGUGGAGAUCGCGCGGGGGGGUGGAUGGGCGCGGGGGUGGGGUUCGGGGGAGGAGUGGAGGUGAAAGACUCUACAUGUCUGGUAACGAGUGUUUUCUACUACGUUGACAACCGACUGCGUCGGAAAAGCACUGGAGGACGCGUGGGGGAACACGGACGGGGGAGGGGGGGAAUGAUGAUGUCACUCGGUUGCCGUGGGAACGCACUCGGAACACUUGUCGAAAAAUCACGUCCCGUUCUCUUUGUUUCUGCAUGGAGGGGAGCCGGGGAUCAGUUUUGCGUUCCAGUCGCCGGGAAGAGGACGAAUCCUUAAUUCGGUCCACAGGACUGUGAUAGGCUUCACGAAACCUGCUUUCUGAAUGGUAUACAUUAUUUUUCUUUUUGUUUGUUUUUUUUCUCCCCUCCCUUUUGUUUGUAGCGUCUGUGUGGUGGCCGACCCAACAGGCAUUGUGUGACCAGAUUGCAUCGUACCUCACCAACAUAGCCCUGCUGUUAAUAUAGAAUAUUUACAGAAGAUAGAAAAAAUUAAUCCAUUCAUCAAUAUUGUACAUACUUUAAAGGUAGUCUACGCACCUGUAAUUGCAAACGGGUUCUGAGGGUUGUGUCUUUCCUCCUUUUACGCUCGUCCCCUAUACGAUAUAAACUGCUCUAUUCUCUUAAUGGAUCUACAGAAUUGUAAAACAUUUUUCCAAUGGUCGUCAGGGGUACUGUGAAACAGAAAAGGCAACCGUUAUGCAAGUUUUACAUAUACACACUUUGAAAAGGAAGAGAGAUGGGUGCAGGACUGUCGAUAAUCUGAUGUGAAGGGAUGUUGUUAAUGAUCACAGAAAAAUAUGGAUCUGCCUGGUUUGUUACAUAGUAAUACACAUACCCACAAUUCCCAGUUUGGGGAUUGGGGGAUAUUGCACAUAGUCAUUGUAAAGAUUAAAAAAUGAAAAUGAAAUGCAAAUAUAUGGGCCUUAAUUAUAUCAAACCUUAAUUGCAGUGCACAUAGUUCUUUAUUUUGGGUUAGGAAAUUUUUUUUUGGGGGGGGGGGAGAGAUGGGUCAGGGUGAAACACCCACCCACCUGUUUUCAUUAAUUUCAGCCACUUUUGGGCAUGUGAUGUCAACCUAAGAAUGGAAAAUGUGUGACACAUUAAAACUAAAAGUGAAGUGCGCGUUGCAGUUAGAUUAAUUGAGUCCACGGUGAACUCAGUUACGUUUUGCCUGGUGGUCUCAGUGGUUACAGUACAGAGGGAAAGCAGGCAGGCGAGAGCUGUGAAGUCCGAUUCUGAGCACUUCGGAGCACAGAACAGGCACUUCGCCUGUCUGCAUCACUACACAGCUAGUUACUGAUAUUUAGCAAAGUCUUUAUACACAUGAGUAUUUCUGAAGGAGAGUGUGGCAACACGCAAUGUCUUAAGUUUCUGUGCUCGAAUAUGUGCAUGCCAUGGAAUUUACUGUAUUUUUGCCCCCCCCCCCCCCAGACAUAACUCCCUUCAGCUUGGAAAAUAUGAAAUAAGGUAACUGUAUCAUACAGUAUUUAUGUAUAGUUUCUACAUAUGCCCUGCGCUAUAAAACUGUAAAGAUCUUUCCAAACAGGAAAUGACAAUGAGGGAAAAUAUACCACCAUGUUUAAUUAGUCAGGAAGAUAUGAGUGCUAUACGUUGGUUUAUAAUGUGAAGAUGCCAAUUUUUUUUUCUUCUCAGUUUUACACUUCAUUAAACUUCCUGUGAUACUUUGCUCUUCAAGAUUCCCAGGGUCUGAACUGACAUAUCUCAGCUUCCUUAGCUACUUGACCUUCAUUCGCUAUUUGGUUUCUUCUCUUGCAGCGAGCAUGCUAUCGAAGCGCGUCUUACCGUGUUCUCUGAAGUUCUGUUGGUUACUGUGGCAGUCUAGCAAAAAAAAAAAAAAGUAUAUUCCUGCUUUUCAGGUUCCAAAGACGACUAUAUGAAAAGUCUGAGCUGCUUACACUGUGUAUCGGUUUCAACUUAAAACGUGAUUGACAUAUCGGAGCGAUAGAAGAGCUUUAAUUGUGUAAAGAACCAAAACGCGUCAUCUACAUGCAAAAUAUGGAAACUCAAGUGAACAGCAAUAAAACACCAUGUCAGUACUUAUGCACUAAGGAUUGUUGUAAAAAUAUAACUCUGCUGCAAGCUCCUGUCUUAGCUCCUAUCGUAUAUAUAACUUUAUAUAGACAUAGAUUCGUUGCAAGCCAAUAUAAAGUAGAAUAUAUAUAUGGGUUACUUACCAAUAUUGUUACUGAAAUUUAUAUGCAGUAUUGGCCAUGUGUCUUCUUCUGUUAAUGUGACAUAACCCCAACUGCGAGGAGAUUGAGUUGGCGGUCUUGACAAUCGUCUGUCACGCCUCUUCGUGUAAGGGCUGCGUGUUAAGAUUUGAUAUUGGUGAAGGGACUGUUUAAAUUGAAGAAACCCUCCUCCCCCCCCCCCCUUUUUUUUUUUUUAAUUUUAUUUUAAGUGCGCAUCGAUCACUGUUUGAAAUGCUUCGCUCGGUCGCGCGCCCAAAGAACUCCCGUUCUGUGCAAGUGAAGCGGUGCACACCGUCGGGCGGUCCAGAUCUCCGGAAGUACACCGCCCCCCCACUGCAUGCAACUGAAAACGCUCACGUCAACCGCCUGUCGCAAGUGCCGUCGCUUGAAGGAAAGAAAGAGGCCCUUUUUCGUACGUGGUUUUUACUGUUUUUUGGGGAGCGCUUUUUUUUCCCUUUUCACCCCCUGCGUUGUUUUAUGUCACAAAAAUAUUUCUUGGACCUUGAGAGAUUUGGUAUAAAUGUCUUAUAUACAUCUGUAGUAAAUGUAUAACAUGUAACAUUUGAAUAAACUUAUUUGCCCACAUGGUG